AUGGCUUAUUCAUCUGCUACUACAUCAACAACACGAACAGGAGAUUCAUGUUGUCGUGCACUUGAAUUUGAACUUAAAAAAAAUGGUCCAUAUAUGUUAGCUGGUCUUGGUGUUAGCGGUGGUCUUCUUCUUCUCGCUAAUCGAAAUAUUCCUGCAAUUGGUAUUCCUAUCUUAUCUUCAGCUGCUGAUCGAGUUGCUUAUGCUCUUCGAUGGACUGGACUUGAAGGAAUUUCAAUGGUUACAGCUGUCUGGUGUGUUAUUGGCGUUCGUGCUAAAUACGGUAUUGAACCAACAUCAUCAGAAGAAAAUCGUCAUUUACAAAUUUCACAACGAAUUUUAAGAGAUACAACUGAAUCAUUUCUUACAUUUACUGCUGCUAAAUUAGCUUUAGCUUCUGUACUUGAAGCUGAUAAUCUUCGUAUUAUUCCUGCUUUAUCAGGUCUUUUUAUUCUUGGUCGUUAUACAUUUGACGCAGCUAUCAAUCAUCCAGCACAUGCAUUCGGUUUCACUGUCAGUACUGUUGCUACAUUUACAGCUUAUGGUCUUUUUCUUUAUAAAAUCUUUUCAAAAGGUAUUCAUUCAAAUCUUCUUCCAUUUUCACUUCGCUAA